CUUCGUGGAUUUUUUCGGCACAUCUGAGGAAGAGAUUUCAACUGUACUUUGCAAUUGAAGCUCUUGUUGUAUAAUUUUCAUCAUGUAUCUCUAUCCAGUGUUUUUGUCUUCGAUUGCUUUGUUAGUGAUCAUCCAAGACGUGAGGGCUGAUGAUGACAAUAGUGAUGAGUACAGAGUUAUGAUUGGAGACUGGAUUCAAGAAACAAUGACUUGCAAAAAAGAAAUGGAUGAUUCUGGCGUGGAAAUGAAAUUGAUGACUUGUCUCGCCUUUUAUGAAGGGGGUAAGGCGAUUGAUCCUAAAUUGAAGGAGUACGAUAGUUGCAAGGCAUUGCUGGCAUGUGUCAUGAAGAAAGCUGGAGUAAUGUCAUCGGAUGGAACAUCUCUUAUCAAAGACAAAAUGUUGGAAGUAUCCAGUAUCUUCGAUUAUAAAUACAAAGGAAUCAAAGACGAAUUCAACAAUAACAUUUGGCCAGCUUGUGAGAAAACAACUGGAAAAGAAGGAGAGAUGGCCUACAAUUUCUUGGAAUGUGUUUUCAAAAAAUCGGCAAUGGCUAAGAAGCUGAAAGAUAAGUUCUUUGCCUUCUUCCAUGCUCAACAGGAUGACAAAAAAUAGUCUCUCACUCAAUAUACGACACUCACCUCGCGAUC